GCCGCCCCGCUCCCCCUCUCCCGUGGGAUCGCACUGUGCAGGGAGCCGGGGCCGCCGCGCCUGGGCUGGGCUCGGAUCGGAUGCGCUGAUAACAUGCAGCGCUGAUGUGAAUGUGAAUGCGAGGCUCGGCCUGUGCGGUGCCCGAGGGCCGCUGCCUCAGACACUCGGUGUGGCGGAGGGCCUCACGUGAUCAGUACAUGGCUGCUGACGGCAGCGACGAGCCGGGAGACGGUGCGGAGCGCACAGAGAUGCCGAGAACUUAAACUCUGCGCAGCGUUCAGGAACGGGAGGUAUUAUGGCAAACUGGCUUCCGGAGCUCACGCAGAACCCGCUGAAGAAGAUCUGGAUGCCUUGUAAGAACGGCCUGUGUGAGGUGCACGCUUCGCAGAGAAAAGUAUGGAUCCCACACAUGACAAACUCCCCUUCUCUCAUUGUAAUGGUGGGUCUCCCUGCCAGGGGCAAGACUUACAUCUCAAAGAAACUCACCCGCUACUUCAACUGGAUUGGAGUGCCAACUAAAGCAUUUAACGUUGGGCAGUAUCGACGGGACCUCCUGAAGACCUACAAAUCAUUUGAGUUUUUUCUCCCUGAUAAUGAAGAAGGGCUGAAAAUCCGGAGGCAGUGUGCAUCAAGAGCACUGAAUGAUGUGAAGAAAUAUCUGGGCGAGGAAGGAGGACAGGUUGCAGUUUUUGAUGCCACCAACACUACGCGUGAACGAAGAGAAAUAAUAAUCAACUUUGCAAACGAGAAUGGAUACAAGGUGUUCUUCGUCGAGUCAGUAUGUGAAGAUCCUGAGGUGAUUGAGACAAACAUUGUGCAAGUGAAGCUGGGAAGUCCUGACUACAGGGACUGCAGCACUGAUGAAGCCAUAGCAGACUUCCUGAAACGGAUUGAAUGUUACCAGAACACGUACCAGUCCCUGGAUGAAGUGUCAGAUAAGGAUCUCUCUUUCAUUAAAAUCAUGGAUGUUGGAAGACGCUACCUUGUCAACCACGUACUGGAUCACAUUCAAAGCAAAAUCGUUUACUACCUCAUGAACAUCCACAUAACUCCACGCUCCAUCUAUCUCUGUCGUCAUGGUGAGAGUGAGCUGAAUCUGAAGGGCCGGAUAGGUGGUGACUCAGGCCUGUCUAGUCGUGGCAAACAGUUUGCCAGGUCAUUGGGAACUUUCAUUCAGGAUCAGAACAUAAAGGAUCUGAAGGUAUGGACCAGUCAAAUGAAAAGGACGAUUCAGACAGCUGAGGCUUUGAACGUGCCAUAUGAGCAGUGGAAGGCAUUGAACGAGAUUGAUGCGGGCGUGUGCGAGGAACUGAUGUACGAGGAAAUUCAGCAGAAGUACCCAGCCGAAUUUGCACUCAGGGAUCAGGACAAGUACAGAUAUCGGUACCCGAAGGGCGAGUCGUACGAAGAUUUGGUCCAGCGCCUGGAGCCAGUGAUCAUGGAGCUCGAGAGGCAGGAGAACGUUUUAGUCAUCUGUCACCAAGCUGUCAUGCGCUGCUUGCUGGCAUAUUUCCUCGAUAAAACAGCAGAGGAGCUUCCGUACCUGAAGUGCCCCCUGCAUACCGUCUUAAAAUUGACCCCAGUGGCAUAUGGAUGUAAAGUGGAAUCCAUUUUCCUCAACGUUGAAGCUGUCAACACACACCGAGAAAAACCAGAGAACGUAGACAUUUCAAGACCUCCUGAGGAAGCCCUUGUCACGGUCCCUGCCCACCAGUGAGGCAGCAUCACCUGUUGCCGUGGCAUCUUGAUGGGGCUUGUCCUCACCGUCUAAUCUCGCCACACUACUUGUUCUUAUUUCAAAUCCAGCCUAUAAAUGUUUCUACGUCUGGUUGUUUUAUUAAAAGUUUAUUGGUGAAAUGUGAUUCACAAGACUCUUCAGGCCUCGCAGUGAACUAAUAGAAGAACUCGGAACAUUCUGCCCCCGGCUGCCUGACUUCUGACUAUAUGUACUUACCUACUGGACUUGGCCGAUUUGGCACACAGCUGAUCAGGGGAAGAUGAGAUGCAGUCAUGAAAACAUUAGAAGCGUUUACAUUUGUAACUUCAUGCAUUUGGAAGUUUAAGAUGAUGAAAAAUUAAUGAAUUCCUGAUAGAGUGAAUGUGGGGAGAUAUCUAACUCAGUCUUUGGAAAUUAGAUGUAUAGUAAUUUAUGUUGACUAACAGGAGUCUUACUGUGUGGAUAGUAAUGAUACAUGAUUAUUACUAAGUCAAUGUUCAAUGUCUGUGUGCACGGCUGCCUUAGCCUCAGUAUUGUGGAGAGUCUUAAAUGGGCAGGAGCUGUCAGUAAUGUUCCUGUCCAACCAUAAAGGGCUCUGCAAUUGGGGAGAUAUAUCUUCCUUCAAAACAAUUAAUGUGUAAAAUUGGAAGAGGUUCUUUUUGUCCAGCAGUGUUACUACUGGACAGUGUCAUACUGUAAAUCGUUCUCAUUGUUAACAUUGCCUACUUGAAGCCAAGCUUUGGUUGACAAAUAUUUCAUUAGGCAGAGAUCUGCUUACUUUAUUUCUCAGGCCUCGAAUGUGAUUUU